UUUUUUUUGGUUCUAUUAUUCACCCUCCAACGAUUUCUUCAAUCUACUACCAUAUCUAUUCCCUCUUAGCUCAAAUAUCAAACACCUUCCCAAAAAAAAAAAAAAAAAAAAAAAAAAAAAAAAAAGAAAAAAGAGAAAAAUGAACAACAAAGGAAAAGAUAUAGCAGAAGGAUCAUCAUCCACAUCCAGAUUGUUAUCUUCUCCUCCUGAUCAUCAUCAUCAUCAGUAUCAGCAUCAGCAGCCUCCUCCAACUCCUCCGCUCAGCCGAUACGAGUCGCAGAAGCGGCGGGAUUGGAACACUUUUGGGCAGUAUUUGAGGAAUCAGAGACCUCCGGUUGCUCUUACACAGUGCAACUCCAACCAUGUCCUCGAUUUCCUUCGCUAUCUAGAUCUGUUCGGAAAGACUAAGGUGCACUUACAAGGUUGUGGGUAUUUUGGACAGCCUGAGCCUCCUGGCCCUUGUACUUGCCCUCUCAGACAAGCUUGGGGCAGCCUCGAUGCUCUCAUCGGCCGCCUCCGAGCCGCUUACGAAGAGAACGGCGGCUUGCCCGAGACAAACCCUUUUGCCAGUGGAGCUAUUCGAGUUUAUUUGCGUGAGGUGAGGGAUUCUCAAGCUAAGGCUAGAGGAAUUCCUUACAAGAAGAAGAAGAAGAAGAGAAAUAAUCCAAUAUUGAAGACCAAUAAUGAUGAAAUUUCCAACUCUUCCAUGCAUUAGUAGCCCCUUGAUUCACUUGGAUUUCUCUCUAGCGUAUGGAGAAUAUGUCAUGGUUCUCUUUUGGGAUUCUGCAUGAUCUUGUACCCUACAUGAACGGACACAACGUCUGAUACAUAUAUACAUAAUGCAUAUAUAAUAUAUAUAAAUAUAUUGGAAUUCUAUGAUUAAAUAAAUGAAUUUUUAUAUAGAUAUAUAUUAUAUCUUUUUCACAAUCUUAAUAAAAUCUUCUGAUUCAAGAUCUUAGGACAGUAGGAUAUAACCAAAAUGCCUAUUUGUUAAUUUGUUUGGUUGUGUUAUUAACAUCAGCCAAUAUUACUAGGAUCUUUAUGUACACCAUAAUAUUAAAUUUUUAUGCAGCUUUGUCUUUGCUCUGACAUAUAAUAUUUCUCUCAUUGCCUUUUCAUUCUUUUUUAUUUUAUUUUUAUUUUAUUUUUAUUUUGUCCCUUUCCUUUAUAUCCCAUCUUGUGAAUGUCCCUUUAUUGGGUAUUUUUAUACUUUUGUACCUUAAUCAGACUCGUCUUUUUUAUAUCUAAAUCCGAUUACCGUUUUAUUGGGUCCCUAUUAGUAAUUACCCUGGAUAGCUUAAUUUGCAUUUAACAUAGACCAAUCAUGGAUUAGUGUUUGUUUAUACGUACAGGUCUAAUUAGUUAUACCCCAAUAGUCUAGUUAUAUAUCAAUUAAUAUAUAUAUAUAUAUAUAUCGCAAUAUAUUUGCCCCAAUUAUGUGUAGUUGUGCACCAAAUGCCCCACAUAAAUUGGGAAACGACACCCAGUAGGUAGAUACAAAUUUUAUACAUAUAUAUAUAGACAUACAUACAUACAAGUCUAAAAUUCUUAAAAAUUUAGUAGUAAAUAGACUAUUAUGAUAAUUGCCAGCAUAAAUAAAUAUUAAUUAAUCAUUAAACAUUCCUAAUGCCUCCAACAUAUAUUGAUCAUCAAUUUGCCUUUUUUUGUUUGGUUUACUUUUUUGGUUUUCUUAAAGUCAUUUUCUUAUUAAAUUAAUUACUUCAUUAUUCUAUCAUGGCUUCAUGCAUGUCUUCCAGUUACUAU